GUGCCGUUGGUAGAGCAUCAACCAUGGCAGCUCCCAGUAGGAAACAGGCGUUGAGGUUUCUCAGCCAGUUAGGAGCUUUUAUUUUAACCCGGUUCGGAUUUUGGAACUGUUUCAGUAUGUUGAUGCUGUUCGCUGAACGAGCGGACUCUAAAAGGAAACCAGACAUCCAUGUCCCAUACCUGUAUGUGGACAUGGGUGCUGCAGUUCUCUGUGCCAGUUUCAUGUCUUUUGGGGUGAAGAGGAGGUGGUUUGCGAUGGCUGCUGCCAUUCAGCUGGCUGUCAGCACCUAUGCAUCGUAUAUUGGUGAACAAGUUUACUAUGGAGACUGGCUAAAGGUACGGAUGUACUCCAGAGCGCUGGCCAUCAUUGGAGGCUUCCUGGUUCUGGCCAGCGGGGCGGGGGAGGUGUACAGACAGAAAGCUCGCAGCAGAUCCCUGCAGUCAACGGGACAAGUCUUCCUGGGAGUCUACCUCAUCUGCAUAGUGUACUCCCUUCAGCACAGCAAAGAGGACCGGCAGGCCUAUCUGAACCACAUCAUUGGAGGAGAGAUCACUCUGAUGCUGCUGGAGGUGCUGUUCGGAGUGCUGGCUCUCGCCUUCCUCUCUGGCUGCUACAUCCGUCUGGCGGCUCAGAUCCUGUCCACCGUCCUGCCUCUGGUCAUCCUGCUCAUAGACGGAAACCUCGGCUACUGGCACCACACACGUAAGGUGGAGUUCUGGAACCAGAUGAAGCUGAUCGGACACAAUGUUGGCAUCUUCGGCGCUGUGCUGAUCCUAGCUACAGACGGUUGAACCCUCGGGCUCUCAGAGAAAACUUUUACAGGCUGAGGUGUCUUGAAUAAGACUGCUGACUUUUAUGUCACUGUUCAACUUAGUGAUCAAAGCUGGCAUUGCUCAGUGAUCUCUCAGGAUUCAAACACUCCAAGCUGACACUGUUGGAUGUAAGCAGCGUCUAUUGUCUUCACCUACCUGUUCAUUAUUCCUGCUUUUACUAGAAAAAACAUGUUAGCUUCCUUUUUGCAAUGUAAUAAUUUAUUCGGAAUCAUGUUUACAUUUUAAUUUCCUUUGUUUUCUGAAAUAUGAGACUGAGUACUGAUGCUGUAUUUCUACUGAGAGUAUAUUUCACUUCUAAAGUCUUACUGUAAAAUUUUGGUUAUAGAUCACACUGCUGUAUAAGCAGCAGUCUGUUCCUGGGGUCUUUAAGAGGGAAACAGGUUAAACUCUCUUUGCAUUCAACUGAAUCCACAAAAAGCUGUCUUUGUGCAGCUGCUUUAUCACCAUCUGUUUUCACCAAUUAAGUCUGCACCUCUGCCAGCUAUAAUAUUGUUAUUAAGCUCUCAGCCUGCAGUGGUUGUUGUGAAGUUGAAGUCACACAGGCCUCGAGUCGCUCUGCCUUCCUUUGCCAGUGGCUUGUCUUGAAUUGAGGAGUCUUUUCAAUAAAACCAGGACGUUUUUUAAACUGCCCCAUUUUCUUUAAAUGCAGCAUUAUGACCUAAUGAGGGAGAAAUAAUGGUUAAAAAAGGAGCGCCAACCCCCAGUUGGUCUGAUCAGCAGCUGCUUGCAGUACACAAUAUAUUGGGGCAAAUUUUCAAUGGUCAUGUGCUAUUUCUGAUGAGAGGAGCUGUGCCUGUGGUCAUGUCAGCUCAUGUCGUAACACCUUAUUGUGGUAUAUUGUUUGUACCGAUAUUCACAGGGGCUUUCAGCCAUCUUUUUAAAUGAAAAAAUAAGUAUUGAAAGUGUAUCUUAUACACCGUAUUUUAUAAUAAACAGUUUCAUCAAAGUUGGUUUAGAUACUUUGAAAUUAAAGGGAAAUAAAAUUCAGUUAAUGUGCUAUUGCAUAUCAAAUAAGAGGAUUUACGGUGGCUGGUUGGUGAUAUAAGUCAUUAUUAAAGUUAAUAAAACCAUUUUUUUUGUCAUCUGUGUACAUAUUUUAUACUAAACACUGAUGGUGCCCAUAAUGCUGAUAAGUAUUGUCAUUACCUAGAUACGUGGUUCUCAACUGGUCCAGCCUCAGGACCCACCAGUCUGUCUUACGACAGAUCACAACCCAAUUUUCCACAUUUUCAACAAUGCAUGUUUAUUUAAUUGAAUAUGUUGCAGUUUGGAGCAUGAUUGGACCAAAACACUGGAUAUAAAAAAGGGAAGGGACGAAACGGGCAAAUUUCAUACACUCUUUCCCAAUCAUCAUGUGUAAAUUUUUGCCAAUUUUCCAGAAAGCUUGUGAAAUUACUUCAUGUCAUUGGAAGAGUAGCUACUUAGAAGAGGAGAGGAGAUAAAUUAGUUGAAAUAUUGAACAAACCUUGAAAUUUACACAAUUCCACAGUAAAAUGGGUUAAAAUAAAAUGUAUUAAUGCAUGUCCAAUGAGGACUUCAGAACUUUUGCCACCAAUUUUUUUCAGACACCUAGUCGUGACCCACUAGUUGAGAACCACUGAUCUAGAUUCUUCUUCACAUAAUUGUCCAACUAUUAAUUGUGUUUAAAUGCUGUUUACUUUUAUAUCCAUGACAAACUCAUGUUUGCCAAAAAAGAUGUAUGACAAUAUGCAAAACCUAAAUUUUCACACAACUGCAAGUACAUUUAGGCUUUUUAGAAAGUUUCCAAAAUCCCUGGGCUUAUUGCAGGAACAGUUCAAUCUAGAGUGAGCUCAUUUAUGCAGCUUUCACACUUAAUUUAGUUUCAGUACACAUUGAAUAAAGAUAUCCAUCAGACUGAACUACAUCAAAACUCUCUGUUUGCUUAGUUUUUGAUCAUUACUGAGUUCUGUUACACUGCUAAAGUUUUCAAUCACUGCUGAAUGGUGUAUCAAUCUAUGAUACUGCCAUAUGCUACCUUUUCCAACAUUCAGACUUGAAAAGAAUGCAAUUAUUCAUACACUCAACUGCUGAAGAUUUGCAUUCAGACAUACAUGAGUGAGCUGUAAGACAAUUUGUCCUGCAGAGCAUGCUCUUAAGUCUUUGUUAAAAAUACUGUGACUAACUGAUCUCCACUGCUAUGGUCAUUUGUACACUGAGAAAGGAAGAAAACUUCAUUGGAAUUUGCUGUUUUUUAGAGUUAAGGGAAGAAUGCUCUAGAGUACACAACAUGGGGGCGCAAGUAGCCAAGUGGUUCAAAGUGGGUACUCAGGUGGAAGCUGGUCUGGAGAAAUGUCAUAAUGAGGCGGUUUGAGGAUGAUAGAACUACUGGCAUCAUACAGUCAGACAUUAGCAUCAAGUUUGGCUUAACUUCGCUCGACAGGUCAGAUUUGGUGCAAAAUGAGUUUUCAUUUCAGCUGAUAGUUAUCAGGACUUUUAGGAAUGUUGAUAGAAAACUGGCUGCAGCUCCCACCCAGCACACCAACAUUUAUAGAAACAAGAUCAUGAAGUUUCUGAUGUCCACAGCUGGCACUUGUAAUUUCUGAUUCACUGAAAUAUGCAGCAGUAGCUUCUGGAGAAAAAUCAUUUCAUCAGAAAUUCAUGCAAAAGCAGGACUGAAAAUGAACAAAAUACAAAUUUUAAGUCUGACCGUAUGUGAUCAGUCCUGAUAGAAACAAUUAAUUUUGUUUUUUAUUUUUUGUUUUACAGAGACUUUAAUGGUCACAUAUUCUACCCUUUUAAGACAAGUUUAUGUUGGUCUGAGAAGUCCCCAAAACAUGCCUGUGAAGUUUGUUGCUGAACAAAACACUCCAGUAUUGGA